UGUUUGUAAGAAGGCGAAAAAAAGUAACAGAUGACAUAUUAGAUACUAAAUUGAUAGGAUGUUUUUCAUUAUGUUGGAGCAAAACUUAUUUUUAUUAGAUCAUUUCUAAUGUAGAGUAAAUUCCGAGAAUCAUGAACAAAUAUGUUGGGUGGCUUUGACCAGAAGGAGAAAUUCUGCUAAAAAUGAUUCGAGCGACAUUAAUUAGCUUGGAGAGAUGUCACUCAUCCAGGUCAGCAACUUUAUCUUCAAAAGGUAAGAAAGAGUUAGGAUUUUUUUUUUUAAAGAAUUUGUUUUUGCACAGUUUUUGAAAGUGGAAGAUUUGCAGAUCUGCAAAGGAGCAGAGAUUACAUUUCUAUUGCCUUGAAAACGUCUUGAAUCGUCUUGAAAAGGAGUCCAUUAACUAAAAAUUGAGGUGAAAAAUUUUAUUUGUCCCGAAUGAUCCUAUUUACACUGCCAAAUCACCCAGGUAAUCCAGAAAGCAAAUAGUUGGUGUUGUGAACUUGAAAAAUAUCCACUUCCACUGUCAUUUAACUGUAACCUUGAUCUUUCCACUGGGGCACAUUCAAUUUCUUCCCUCAAAUAAAGUUUCAAGAGACAUUGAUUCAAGUGACGUUAAGUGAAUAAAUGUAUCCACUUCCCAAGAACCGCUCUUGAGAUUUGAAAAGCGUGCAGGGAAAAAUGGAAGGCGGAAGGGAGAAGGGGUUCAGAAGAGCUAGUUUUGCUUUGAGUGAUCGUGGGAUAGUGGUUGCGUCAGAAGUUGUGAAAUCUUCCUAAUUCCCGAUUGUGAAUAUCUCUCUUCAAUUCCCAGAAGGGCCGGUAGCUAAUUUUCCGCUUGAUAAGAGAGGGUGUGCUAGAUCCCUGAGUUGGGCUUUUGCAAGGUGCAUCAACAUCAUUGGCCCUCAGUGGCUGAGGCGCUCAAUUCCGCACUCGCGUGUAGCAAACUUUCUACAAGUACAACUUUUCUAUUGAAAACAAGGGGGUACUGGGGGCACGUAGGGAGGAGGGGGCGGGAGGCAAGUGGGGCUAGAAGCGAAACCAAAGAUUGAGGCUAGUAUGAGGGCGGAUGCCCGCUGAGCCGCAGGCCUGAAAGGGAGCCAAUCGGGCAGCCCCGACUGCUGCCAAUCAGAGGACUCCCUCCAAUCCCACCCGUGCCAUUUCCAAAAUCUCGGUCCCACUGUGCAGCUCAAAUGUGGUAUUCGUUCUGCCAAUCGCUGGAGGACAGAGUGGGGAAAGGAAUAAGCGGAGUUAGGAGACAAGGACAAAAGAAGUUAAAGAGCGCUUAAUAUAUACAUGUUUUUGAAGGCAGGCAGAGGGAAAAAAAUAACAGUGAGGGUUUAUGGGCCUGAUUGUGUAGUAUUGAUGGAGCCCCCUUUGAGCAAGAGGAAUCCGCCGGCGCUGAGAUUAGCAGAUUUGGCAGCGGCUCAGCCCCAUCCUCAUCAGAGUAUGACAGGCUUCCCCGGACUGGGGAGUCAACCCGCUCACUCCCACCAUCACGCUGCAGCAGCCGCAGCCGCCGCUGCAGCUGCAGCUCACCUCCACCCCCGGGAUCUGGGGAGUGACCCCGAAGUGGCCCUCACUUCGUUCGGGCCCGAGCACAUGGCUCAGGCGAACGCGCUAAAACUCAGCCCUCCCUCCCAGCAGCUUUCAGCGCACCCUGAAGCCCAGGCGGUUGCAGCUGCCACUGCCGCGUUCUCCUUGAAGUCCGUCGCAGGCAACUACCCCAGUGGUGGGGGCAGUGCAGCGCAGUCUGCACCUCCUCCCCCAGCCCCUCCCCUUUCCUCCUCCUCUUCCCCUUCUCCCCCUCCCCCUCCUCCUCCCCCUCCUCCUCCUUCUGCCCUCACCGGCUACACCGCCACCAACAGUGGUGGUGGUGGUGGUGGCGGCGGCGGCGGCGGCAGUGGCAACAUUAGCGGCAGCAGCAAGAUCAACAGCAGGGAUUUCAUCCUCAGGAGAGACCUUUCCACCACGGCCCCCGCUGCGGCCAUGCACGGGGCGCUUGGAGGGGAGCAGCAUUCCCGGGCAGGCUCCCCCCAGCACCCACCCCCGCCUCCCCACUCUGGCAGCAUGUUCAUUUCCUCGACUGGAGCCUAUUCAGCCACGGAUGGGUCUGGAGGAGGAGGAGGCGGCGGAGGGGGUCCCACGCUGUUCCCUGGGCUCCAUGAGCCGUCUGGGGGUCCCGGGAGUCACUCCCACCCGCUGAAUGGUCAGAUGCGCCUAGGUCUGGCUGCAGCGGCUGCGGCGGCCGCGGAACUGUACGGCCGUGCAGAGCCGCCCUUUGGACCUCGCUCCGGAGACUCGCACUACGGGGCAGCAGCGGCAGCAGCUGCGGCUGCUGCAGCUGCGGCAGCUUCCCUACACAGCUACGGUUCUUUGAACUUAAACCUGAACCUGGCAGCUGCAGCGGCGGCGGCAGCCGGACAUGGGCAUCACCAUCACCACCACCAUCCUCCACCUCCCGCACCUCCACCACCUCCGCCUCCUCCGCCUCCUUCUGCUCACCACCCCCACCAUCACCAUCCUCACCACCCCGGGGCGGCGGCCGCAGCUGCGGCCGCGGCUGCCGGGGCCUUCCUCCGGUACAUGCGGCAGCCAAUCAAACAGGAGCUGAUCUGCAAAUGGAUCGACCAGGAAGAGCUGCAGCUGCAACCUCAGCAGCAGCAGCAGCAGCAGCAGCAGCAGCAGCAGCAGCAGCAGCAGCAACAGCAACAGCAACAGCAACAGCAACAGCAGCACCAACAGCAACACCCGCCACCCCCCGCCUCUAAGCCUUGCUCCAAAACUUUCAGUACCAUGCACGAGCUGGUGAACCAUGUCACGGUGGAGCACGUGGGGGGCCCCGAACAGAGCAGCCACGUCUGCUACUGGGAGGACUGUCCCAGGGAAGGCAAACCCUUCAAGGCCAAGUACAAGCUCAUUAAUCAUAUACGUGUGCACACCGGAGAGAAGCCGUUCCCCUGCCCCUUUCCCGGCUGCGGGAAAGUCUUCGCCCGCUCAGAGAACCUCAAGAUUCACAAGCGCACUCAUACAGGGGAAAAACCCUUUAAAUGUGAAUUCGACGGAUGUGACAGAAAGUUUGCCAAUAGCAGUGACCGAAAGAAACAUUCCCAUGUCCAUACCAGUGAUAAACCCUACUACUGUAAGAUUCGAGGCUGUGACAAAUCUUAUACACAUCCUAGCUCUUUGAGGAAGCAUAUGAAGAUCCAUUGCAAGUCUCCUCCACCUUCUCCAGGUGCCCUUGGUUAUCCAUCAAUGGGGACUCCAAUAGGAGCUCCCUUGUCUCCUGUCUUGGACCCAGCCAGGAGCCGCUCUGCCACUCUUUCCCCUCAGGUCACCAAUCUCAAUGAGUGGUAUGUUUGUCAGGCCAGUGGAACACCAAACCAUCUCCAUACACCUUCUAGCAAUGGAACCACUUCAGAAUCAGAAGAUGAAGAAAUGUAUGGGAACUCUGAUGCUGCAAGAACUAUUCACUAGAAAUAAUAAUGCUAGUCUAAAUAAUAAUAAAAGUUUUCAAUAGAGACAUCUUUGGACUAUUUAAUGAACUGAGACAGUGUAGAGCCUGAAACAAACCUGAUGGCUCAGACAUGCCACCUGGUUUAACUAGUCCUAUUUAUUCUGUAUGAAACCCUAUGGUGUUUGUAUACUUAAUUUAAUUAAGAUACUUGGAACUUUUUUUCUUAAAAAAAAAUUUGCCAAGAUGGACUAACUCAGUGAACUAAGUUGUAUGUUGCAGGGGGAUAGGGGGUGUGGGGGCUAAUGUGCCCAGGGAAAUGAAUGGACAGACAGAUCAAUUUGUGAAGAUAUACACUGCCAAUGUCAAUGCACUAGUCCUACUUGUAGGGGUGGAAAAGAGUAUUGAGGAAGGACUAAGACUACAAACUAAGAAGGCCCUCUGCAUUUCCUGGAGUGCCUCUCAAAAACCAUUGACACCAUUCUGUGGGCUGCUUUUUUAGCCUAGUUAGGCCCUGAUUCUGCAAUGGCUUCUUGAUUGUAAACUACCAACUGCUGCAUUGCCAACAGUUUGGACUGCAUAUGAGUCCAAAAAAAAAUUUGUAAGACCUUUCAGUUAUGAAAUUUUGUAAAUUUUUACUUUCUUCUCUUAUGUCAUUGGCCUCUCCAUAACAUGGUAUUUUUAUAUGGGAUAAUUUCCUUGCUCCCCAAAUUGUAUGCUUUUUUUUAAAUGCAGCAAUCUUAAUCUAUCUCCAUAUUUUAUACUACUGUGAUCAUUCAAGCAAAUCUGGAGAGAAAGCUGCUGCUAUUUGACAACUGUGAUACUGUGAUAUUUUAUAAAAUUUUAGAAAUUCAAGUGCUUUCUUUUCAUUUUGCUAAGUCUUUUUUUUUUUAAUCUGGAAAAUAAGAUGCUGCCUCUAUACUGUGCCCAAACCACUUGUGUAAUAAAUAGGAUAUGUUGUUAUGUCAUCAGUUCUUGGAGAUGCCAAGGUAACAGUCAAGUCUAAAAAGCUGUGAUGCUGAUGUUAUGCCUAUCCCCCCCCCCAAGUUGUUUUUAAACAAAUCAAUCCCUCUUUUAUACUGUUGUGUAUCAAUCCUUUAAAAUGCUUUAUUUUUCCACUGAUUGAAGCCCUGUUUGUAUUUUUUCCACCUGAACACUGAGCACACAAAACUCCUUGCCAUUUGAAAAUGACAGUGUGUAGUGUGUGAUUUACAUUAAGGGGAGGGAGGGGGAUUGUUAUAAAUAUUAAAAAAGUUAAAAGGUUUAUAGUUACAGCCAAACAGUGAUGAAUGUGUGGCCUUUGCCAUAGCUGUCAAGCUAGGAAAUAAAAGGUCAAGGACCUAGGACAAUAACUCUUAGUCAAUUUAUUUUCGGUUGGUACAACACAUCUCAUGUGCAAAAUGUUAGUCCAUCAUAAACAUCAUACAAAUACACUAAAGAGCACUAAUUUAUCCUCAGAGACCUGAAUACACCCCCUCCCCAGGGUUUAUAAAAAUUUGUUUUGUGUGCUGUGAGUGGUUGAUGUAGUCUUGUCGUUGUUAAUAACUUGUAUGUGAACACUAUUAUUUUGUACAGUUGAAUUAAUUUAUUUUCAGACACCAUCUCUCUCCCCCAUCCCUAUCCUUACCCUCAUCCUGGAAGAGUAUAAAGCACACCAAAGAAUUAUAUUAUAAAUUUUGGUGAAAGAUUGUCAUUUAUGAUUCCAUGGUUUGUAUUUAAAAAAAAGUGAAAAUAUAUUUUUAAAAUUACUUGAAUGAAUAGCAUAAUGUGAAAAAUAAGACUCUUCCUGCAUGUCUCCUUUGCAUUGUGUUGGUUAUGAAAUAAUAUAUAUAUACAUAUAUAUAUAGUUUAUAGAUAUAUUACUAGUACAGUGCAUGGUGCUGUUACUUUGGAAGCCUUUAAACAUUGUCUUCAGAUUGCUAUGAUGAAUAUAAAAGAUAAACCCUGCUUUUAGAAGAAAAAAAGACAGAACUUGAAAACAAAAUAAUUUUAACACUUGCAAAGUUUACUUGAUUUGCAUAUUCUCACAUUCCAAAUAAAAUGAGAGUAAGAUGGA